UAGUCAGAAAAGUUCCAGACUGAGCAUGCGCUAACUAUCCACGCAUGCUCCGUCGCUUCGGAAACCUAGAAAAUCUUUCGCAGAGGCCUUGGAAGUUCGAACUGUCAGGUGGUAGCGGCCUGGGCAUGGGGCCCAGGACUUGGGGAGAAUGGAGAGAGGGUGGCGGCCAGUCAUGCUGGGCCCUAGCGUUGCUUUGGCUGACGGUGGCCGCUGAUUUGCCCUCGGCUUGGGGUAGCAGCGGUCUCCGGCAGCGGCACUGGCCGGUUCCCUACAGGCGUUUUGAAUUCCGUCCUACACCAGAUCCUUAUUGUCAAGCUAAAUAUACUUUCUGCCCAACUGGUUCUCCUAUCCCAGUUAUGAAGGAUGAUGAUGUCCUAGAAGUCUUUCGAUUACAAGCCCCAGUAUGGGAAUUUAAAUAUGGUGAUCUCCUGGGUCAUUUGAAUAUUAUGCAUGAUGCUAUUGGAUUCAGAAAUACUUUGACAGGCAAGAACUACACCAUGGAAUGGUAUGAACUUUUCCAACUCGGAAACUGCACAUUUCCCCAUCUCCGACCUGAAAUGAAUGCACCAUUCUGGUGUAAUCAGGGAGCUGCCUGUUUUUUUGAAGGUAUUGAUGAUAUUCACUGGAAAGAAAAUGGGACCUUGGUUCUGAUAGCAACUAUAUCAGGAAAAAUAUUUAACCAAAUGGCAAACUGGGUGAAACGGGAUAAUGAAACGGGUAUUUAUUAUGAGACAUGGACUGUCCAAGCCAGUCCAGAAAAAGAGUCGACAACAUGGUUUGAAUCUUAUGACUGUUCAAAAUUUGUAUUAAGAACAUAUGAGAAAUUGGCAGAACUUGGGGCCAAGUUUAAGAAGAUAGAAACCAACUAUACCAGAAUAUUUCUCUACAGUGGCGAACCUACAUUUGUGGGAAAUGAAACCUCUAUUUUUGGACCUGCAGGAAACAAGACUCUUGCUACAGCUAUAAAGAGAUUUUAUUACCCAUUUAGACCUCAUUUAUCAGCUAAAGAAUUUUUGUUAAGUCUUGUGCAAAUUUUUGAUGCAGUGCUUAUCCACAGGCAGUUUUAUUUGUUUUAUAAUUUUGAAUAUUGGUUUUUACCUAUGAAGUCCCCCUUUAUAAAGAUAACAUAUGAAGAAAUUCCUUUACCAAACAAAACACUGGUUUCUAAAACAUUGGGACUUUGAGGAAAAAAUGUCAGUAUUAUCUUCUUGGGAAGUGAUUGAGAGAGUGAUUUGGUCCCAUUAUGGAUCAUCUAGGUCUAUUCUCCAUUCAUUGGUUUUUAAGGAUUAAGGAGGUGAAACUCUAAUCAACAAAUCAUUUUGCCUCUUAGUAUCUCUUGGGAACUGGGUGGGGAGAGGUUAAUACGUUAUUGUACUGGCAAAAGAUAGCCCCUUGGAUUAUCUGGAUUUCAAGGCUACAACUAACAGGGAAGAAGAAUCACAGUACAAAGGGCUAAUAUUAAACAGACUAUGUUAUGAUGCAUUGUACAUAGUAGGUGCUUAAUAAAUAUUUGAGUUGAAUUAUAUAUAACUACAGUACAAAGGUUACAUGUUUUGUUCUGCAUACCACUUAAAACCUUUAAGUAUUAUUCUGUUGUAAUAAUUUUAAAGUGCCUUUUGAUCCAGGUGUCCUGAAUGAGUUCCUCUCAUUGGAGUUUCUAAGACUUUUUUUUCCCUCUUAAACAUGGCAGAUGUGAAAGUUUUUCCUUUCAGGGACAAAGGUUUUUCUCUUACAGAGUUUGAGCUUCAGAAUUUCCUGGGGUUUGCAAUAUCAGAUGUUGAACUGAGUAUAUAGUGCCUCAUGGUUUGUCAUUAAACAUCUGAAUACCCUUGGGCACAGCUAAUCCUUAAAUUUAUUUUACUAGUUUUAUUUUCCUCCUCAUUAACUAGCAGUGACAUGUAGGAUAAGUAACAAUGUUUGUGUUCACAUAUCUAUGUAUGUCAUAUGUUUAACUGCCUACUGAAACAUUGUAUUCCUCAAAUAGAGAGGCAAGGCUAUACUUGACAUUUUGUCACCAAUUCACUGAUGCCAAAAAUUAUAUUUUUCAGUCCUUUGUCUUGUUCAUUAAUCACUUUAAACUAUAGCCAGUUUUUGAAAAAGCAUCCUUGUUAAAGGGAUGGCUGUAUUGGAAAGGCAUUCCACUAGGGGGCAAAUGUAAAGUUUAUACACAUUUUUUGUUUUUUUUUCCAAAUAGCACAUGUGAAGGAAACAGUCCACUCUGGGAACAUGGUGAAACAAAAAGCAGGGGACUGUUAACUCUGAGUAAAAGCAUCUGUAUUAAUUACAAGUUACCAUUGUUAAACCUCCAUGAAAAACUAGAACAUGUUUAGAUGUAAUUAUGAUGUUUCCAAAAUCAGGAUAUUAUGUAUCAUGUGGUAUCAUACUUUAUAAUGAUAUACAGAGUUGCUAGGAGAAAAUAGUUGGGUUUUUUUUUUAAGAAGUCACACAAUGAAGCUUCUGUAUAGUAUUAUAUGUGCAAGUUGACAAUGGAAGGCUUCUCAUUCAUAUAAAUGAAUCUUAAUUUUAUUUCAAAUUAAGUUAUAGUAGGCAGUAAGAAAUAAUGUGAAGGUCACACUGAAGAAAGACUUUUAAGUAGUAGCCAGAAAAUAAUUUAGAUGUAUCAAUCAUGUGCCCCUUAACAUAUUAAAAACUCUAUUGUAUUUAAUAUUCUGUAGGUAUUAUUUGCAAGACAUUUGCAAAUCCAUAAUUAGUGAUUACCUAUUAAAUAUGAGAUGCUGUUAGGGAGAUUGGAGCCAACAUUUUUUAAUUUUUAAAUUAUUUUUUAAAAUUUAAAUUUUAACUUUUAAAAAUAUAUAAUCUUAAAGUUUUUUUAAAAAAAAUGCUAUUUUUAUGAAUUAUGUUCUGUAGCAUUAAUUUGAGGUUUAGUGAGUAUACUUCUUAAGGGGCUUUUGCUUAGAACUAUUUCUGGUAAGUUGUGACAGUUAAUUGAAAGAAUACAACCAAAACAAAAAUAAGAAUGCCAUAAUGACUAUUACAUUUUACAAGGUUAAAUAGUUCUUUUACUUACUUCUUACAAAAAGAAGGAAAAAAAUGUAGCUUUUAAAGGCCUCAACGGAGCUUAUUAUUCUGUUGUGCUACUACAGUGAAAUCUUAAUCUUCAGGAAAUGGGCCUUAAAGCAAAGUCAGCUGUGGGGUUGUUUGGUUGGUUUAUAACUUAACAAAUCCUGCAUUAGUGGUAGUGUGUACCAUGUAUUUCAGAGGUGAUGUUCCUGCUAAGUAACAUAACUGUGGGAGAAAAAAGAUCUCUACAUAGAUUGAGCACACUCAAAGUAAGCGAAACUUGAUUUGACAAGUUCAACCACUUCUUUUUUCCAAGCUGUGACCAAGUGAAUGUCUUUUUCUCUCCCUUCUUAAAAAGAAAAAGAUAACACUUAUUUACACUUGAUUGAUCUAAUACCUUAGUAUGAAUGCAUUCCAUUCGAGGUGAUUAAAAUCAAGCAAUUACUUCAUAAAUCUUUUUUCUCACUGUAAAAUUAUGAGACCUAUUAAAUUAAUUUUAGGUACUAGCAAGUGGGAGGAAAUAUAUUUUGCAAAGAUAAAGCCCCUUGUAAUUAUUAUACCUAUAAAGAUAGUUAUAAAGGUACACCCACAAUUUUUUGUGAGAGGGUGGGAGAUAUAGUGUUAGUCUGCAGUCUGGGUAGACUUUUCUUAUAGCUGGCAUGUCACACCCAACUCCUGAUAGAAAGGGUUCAAAAUCCACUGGAUUAGAAGUCUGGAGUCCUGUAUCCAAAACUUGUUCCACUUAUACCAGUUCCAUAUCCAAUAUGACACUGGAUAAGUCAAUUUUUAUGUGCUUCAAUUUCCUCACAUAUAAAAUAAUGCAGAAUUGUGCUGCCACUGAAAUACAUAGUAUACUACCACUUAUGUUGGAUUUAAGUUAUCAAAUAAAACCCAAAACACACAGCUGCCUUUGCUAUAAAAGGCCCUUUCCCAGAAAAUUAAGAUUUUACUAUAGUAGCAAAAUAAGAGUAUUAGAUUUCUUAAGGCCUUUAAAAGGUGCAAUGAAGAGGAAUAAAAGCAUUGCUAAAUGAAAAAGGUUGAUGGUUUAUUAAUUGAUAGAAAUUUUAGGAAUGAUUUUAAUAAUGCUUUAUAUGUAAAAGUUCUUGUCACAGGUCAAAUUGACUAUUCUCUAGUUUCCCUAAAAACCUCCAAAAACAAAGUAAAUACAGAUUGGCGGAAAUUUUUUUUGAAAUUAAAGUCAUGUGUAAUAGAAGUCUUUAUGACUGAAAAUGAGACUAGCAAGCUUGAAAUGUUUUAAAAGUAUGGAUGUGCAAGAAUGUGAGAAAGGCAAAAUUAUUCUUUUAAAGGUACUUCUCACUGAUUAUUUGACAAUUCGUUUUCUCUGCUUAGAGGUUGCAGUAUUAAUCUUUACCAUUGUCUUUCAUACCUCUGUAUUAGUCAUUGUCAAUAAAUAAUCUUUUUUUAAAAAA